UCGCGCGCUCUCCUCUCGGCUCUCCUUUUGCUCUCUUGGCGAUCUCGUCUUUCUGCGAAGGUCGGAGCUGCUCUCCGACGAAAGGACAAAGCUUCGAACGAUCGUCGGCUGGGAGUGAGCGUCCUCUCCUCCGAUUUAGGGGAGAAUUUAGAUUCUUGUCGUGGUGAUCUCAUUCCUUUACCUUUGCUUGAGGUUUCGUUUCGCUUCGCUCUCGAAAUUUUUUAGGGUUCAAGAUAUUGUUGAAUUUUGAUGAUUUGGCGUCGUUUUGAUUGAUAUACUUGACAAUUUCGGUGACCAAAAAUCAGAAAAUUUGUUGUUCUCGGGGUUCUCUUUGAUCAAUUCUUCGUUAUCGAUCGUCUGGGUUUUCAAGUUUCUUUUGGGAAGUUCGAUCUUUCUGGUUUUCUUGAUCGUCUCUCGUCACCUCGGCGUUUCUCGUUCUGGUUUCGAUUCGCAAGAUGGCUUCUUCUCGUUCCAGGCGUGUGGAGUACGACCGCUUCAUCCCGUUCCGAUCGGCGAUGGACAUGGACUUCGCGCGCUGUGCUCUAACCAUGCCUUCCAGACCGCAGCGUGAUGGUUCGAUAGAAUCCCCAUCGAGUGUGGCGUACCAAAAACUUCUUGUUCAAUGUAUUUUGAAGAACAGAUCUCGCAUCUUCGCAUUCAAGAGUGCACCCGAAUCACCGGCCGACAAGGUGUCCCAAUUUGACGAGGACAAUCGACCGCACAAGAAGCAACAGAGGCGAAUCCCAAAAGAUGCAGAUAGGGUUUUGGCUGCUUAUGAUAUCUUAGAUGAUGAUAGGUUGAAUCUACUCGACUGGGGAAGCAAUAACGUGUUGGCGAUUGGCCUCAAUGACAAAGUGUGCCUAUGGAAUGCUGCGAAUAAGUCUAGUACGGAGUUUUCACGAGCCCUAGAAGACAACAGCCCUGUCACUAGCAUCAGCUGGUCCCCAGACGGCAAAGUUCUAGCUUUGGCAUUAGGCAAUUCAGAUUUACAUCUGGUUGAUGCAGCAACAAGACGUGUGUUGGUUGGGAUCCAAGGUGACGGCCACUCCUUUGUUUGUUCACUUGCGUGGAGAAGUAAUGCAAUCUUGACGACCGGGAGAUCCGAUGGUAGUAUUGUUGAUUAUGACAUUAGAAAAGAUGACCGGGCCAUCUGUGACUAUAGAGGGCAUCGACUAGAAGUUUGUAGUCUUAAAUGAUUCGAGUUGUUUGGGCAGUAUCUGGCAAGCGGAGGGAAGGACAAACUUGUGCACAUAUGGGACACCCGCAUGGCUGUUGCAAAUCACCAUCCGCGCCAACAUUAAUUGCUUCACAAGAUCAGCAACCACACUUCCACUGUGAGGGCCCUUGAUUGGUGCCCUACCAGGAGCAAUCUGCUGGCUUCUGGUGGAGGUCGCAAUGAUCAUUGCAUUAAGUUUUGGAAUGCUGUUAAUGGUGUUUGCUUGAACUCGAUUGAUACCGGCUCUGAAGUUUGUGCGUUGUUGUGGGACAAGAACAAAUCUGAAUUGCUGACCUCCCAUGGGUUUCCAAACAAUCAACUCACCCUGUGGAAUUACAUAUCCAUGACGAGAAAAGCUGAGCUUUUUGGUCAUUCAUCUCGUGUUCUUUACUUGGCUGGGAACCCAUUGGGAGGUGUAGUAGCUUCUGCAGCAGAAGAUAAGACACUCAAGUUCUGGAAUGUCUUUGAGACUCCCAAACCACCAAAACCUGAAGCAAACACUGUGCCCUUUGCCCAAUUUAAUGUCAUAAGAUGAAAAUGCUGAUGGUUGGAAAAGACUACGAGAGUAAUACGGAAAACUUUUUUAGUGCUUGACAAGAAGAUCCAUUGUUGAUAGCGUUGCAUAGAGCAGUUUGUGGCAUCAAAGAGGCAACAUAUUUUCAUACAAGUAUCAUACAUUUAAGAUCUUCAGAUACGAGUGCAAGCGCCUGAGUUAAGAUUUUUCUUGCUGAUUAGCUGUUGCAUUGUAGCAGACUAGUAGCAGUAUUUUGAAUUAGCUCACCAACUAAUGACAUGGCUACUGUUUCAGUAUUUUGAAUUAUGCUGUUGCAGUCAUCUAUCAUGAGUUUCAGCAUCCACGUGCUGUAGUUUGAAUCUGCUACUUGGACAAAGAUACCCAGAGCAAAGAUGCUUCAUUUAUAGAAUUUGAGAAUCAGCGUAAGGAGAUGGGUGGAAAUGGUAGCCAAACCAGAGGCGAAGAAGCUGCUGAUGCUAGCAAGGUAUCUGAUCAAUCAGCUGAAAGGAAAAAAAGUUUGGUGGACUGGAUGAACUUGAUUAAACCUGCUAAUGAGGAGAAAGAUCACUGGGUUCCGGAUGAAGUUGUUAGCAAAUGCACAUCAUGUGGAUCAGAUUUUGGAGCUUUCAAUCGCAGGCAUCAUUGCAGGAAUUGUGGCGAUAUUUUCUGCGACAAGUGCACAAAGGGUAGAAUUGCUCUCACUGCAGAAGAAAAUGCUCAGCAAGUCCGAGUUUGUGAUAGAUGCAUGGCAGAAGUUUCUCAAAGGUUAAGCAAUGCAAAAGAAGCUGUCAGCAAACCUGCCGGUCUGCAAAGUCAUGAAGAUCUUGCACGAAGGCUUCAGGUUGAUGCAGGUCGAGUCAACCACAGCCCCACAUCGAGUCAAUAAACUGUGGCCGGUUUCAGGUUUCAUUUACUGCAUUCUUCUUUUUCCCUUGUUUGAGUUCUGCAGCCUUCCAUCUAUUAAAAUGGUUUGUAGUUAAACUAAGCAAUUUGAUAGAUGCAGACAACUUCAUGUUUUGGUUGUCUCAUUAUAUUUGUUCCUAUCUACUGCUAAUAAUAUCCUAUGCCAAUUUAAUGUAUUCAUGCAAAGCUAAAAAAAAAAACUUAUAGAUAUGCCGACAUUGUUAGUCUUCAUCAAUUGAUUGUUAUAAUGAACUCAAAUUAAUAUUAAUAUUAGAAACAUAACUUGUCAAACAAUCAUCAUUAGUAAAAUGCGACAGUAUAAAAAUAUGAAUCAAUGUCUUCAUUACGAUUGUUGUUGUUGCUAAUUAAAACAACUAGGACAUAAUAAAUGAUAGGAUCCUUGUAAUAUCAUAUAUGUAAAUCAGGCACAUAAUAUACAAAUGAUAUAUCAUGGGUAUAUAAAAAUAUAAAUAGUAAAAUAUAUAUAAUUUUAUACCUCGAAAUCACCAAAACAUGUGUGUUUGUGAAAAUUCUCUAGUCAAACUACUCUAAAAAAAAUUUCAAUGAACAAUAACUUGGCCAAAUUAUUGAAAACAUUUGAUUAUCAAUAUAAAAAUAAUAGUAGACAAAUGAAUCAAAAUAUGCAGAUUGACAAAUAUAUAGUGUUUCAGAAAAUCAACAUAAGAUUAACUUGGUUUGAUAAAUUUCUACCUAUAUUUAUAGAAAAAAAUUAAAUUCUUCAUUAUAUAAGAUUAACUAUGAGGUUUUUUGAGUUAUUCUCCCUCGCAUGAUUUUUUUUUAACAUCUUCUUAUAUAAAUCUAAAGUACUUUUCACUUUAACUCUAGAUCUCCGAGAGCACUUAAAUGUCUUACUUUUUUCUCUCAUCAAAAUCUUGAGAUUUAUUAGAAUAAAUCCUAAUUCACCUAGAAAUUUUAAUUUAACUAGAAAUCUUUUUUCAACUAAAUUGAAUAUAAUUAGAACUCCUAAAAAACUUACCAAAUCUAAGGAGAAUCUUUUAUUCAAAAUCUAUAAUUGGAGGACAUUUGAUUGAUUAUAUAGGGAGAGAAGCAUGACAAUUAUGCAACUAUAAUUGUGUUUGACAAUCAAAAGAUCUGUCCUCAUCAACCACUCAAAUGCUGUUGAAAAAAUUGAUUAUAAAUUGUAUAAUUUAUAAUCUGAAAUGGUUUCAAUAAGUUAGUAUAUAGUAAAUAAUCUCUGUAAAAGAUAAGUUCAAGAGUGAAAUCCAAGCUUAAAAUAUUUUAAUUUUAGUAUGAUGUGUCAUAAUUUCUAUUUUAAAAAGCAGUCAUUAGACCUAUAAGAAUAGUAAACCAAAUUGAAUAAUAUAAUAGUAAAGAGAUAUCAAACAAAUAAUUCUAUGAGUUUGAUGAAAAUGAGGCAUUAUGAUUGUCUAUUAUGGUUUUUUUCUGUUAUAUGAACAGAGGUACAUGACUUUCUAUAAAUAGACUAUGUCUUCUGCUGGUCUCAAGAUAGGGCCUGACAAGUUCUAAAUUGUGGAAGUUAGCUUACUUUAUCAACAGGUAACAAAUGCUUGAUUAUAGUGAUAGUGUAGUUCUAGUCCAUCUGGAUAAAAGGAUCUUAGUCGAGUCUAAAGGUUCUAAUUUGUGAUUAUUUUAGUCUCUGGGAUUUAUCUUUUGCUGAAUCAACUGUUGACUUGUAGAAGACUAGUAGCAAUCUUCAUGAGAUUGUUAGAGAAGCUUGCUAAGUUUCAUACAAAUGCUCACCAACUAAUGACAUGGCUACUGUUUCAAUAUUUUCAAUUAUGGUGUUGCUAUCAUUUAUCACAAGUUUCAGCAUCCACACCUUGUGGUUUGAAUUAUGCGCCUUGCAAGCAUAAAACUGACCUCUGAAUCAGUAUUUCUUCAUGCCAAUUCCCAGUUUAUUUAAUGAGAUUAAGUUAGCAGCAGCUGUUGUGAUUAUUGUUUGCAAUUCCUAAUAUCACAUAUGGUAAAAAGUUUAAAUUUUCAUGAUAAUUCCAAUAGAAACAUUUAAGUCAUGAAAUGCUUAUUAUAACAUCACGACAAUCAUCAUGAUGAUUAGCUUGUUAGCAAAUUGCUUCAUGGUUCAUGCUACAUGGAUAUUUCACCUGUAAAAACUUUCUUAUAAAUUGUCAUUUGUGAUGCUUUAGUCAUAUGUUGAGGCUUAUCUUUCUUUUAUUUUAUGAUCAAGGCACAUUUUUUCUUUUGUUCAUUAGGGACAAAGAGGCACAGAGCAUUGAAGCUUCACUUAUUGGAAUUUGAGAAUCAUGUUCAUUUAUCUUUUUUUUUAAACUAUUAUAUUAGUCCUUUACUAGAAAAUAUAUUUAGGGGUUUCUCAAAUUUUAUUAUUGAAUAGUCUAUUUGUUUACUUGCUUCUCAUUCUUGUUUAACUUCUGGCUUGCCCCUCAACAUUCUAUAAUAUUUCUUGCGAACUAUUAGCAAUUACUCUAUAGGAAUUAUGACUUUUGUUAGUCUCUGCUAUAUUUAUGUAAGAAGGAAAAAAGAGACAUUAGCUAAUUCUUGAAUUGCAUUCUAGAUAUUCAUUUGUCACCAGAGCAUUCAUCAAUAAUAUUUUUACACAUAUCAAUUCCUUUAGCUUUUUCUUUUUCUUGUUGAUUUGUGUGCUUUCACUUUGCACUUUUCUGCAAAAAUAUAUUGCAAACUGAUAUUUAGCUCAUUUUUUCAUCAUUUUAAAAUUAAAGAAUUAUCAUAUUAAGAAUGUAGGUUUGUUCAAAGAAAACCUACCUUGUUGGAGUUGAAUAUAAAGGCAUUAAAGAUAAUACUUUUUCUGUUGACUAAUCACUUGAAUAAUUUGCACAAUUAGCUUAUACUGCUCCACUUAUCAAAAACAUGGUUUUUAAUUUCGAUGUGUACUGCCCGAUAUAGGCAGUACGUACUAGUCCAAGAGCCUCUCGUUGCGCGGACUGCCUGCUAUCAGCCGGUGCCAAAUUUUUGGCCCCGUAUCGCCCGAUAGAGGGUUGUAUUGGGAAGUAACAGUCGAAAUUUCAACCAUUACCUACUUGUAUCCUAUUUUAGAUGUACUGCUCAAUAUGGUAUGCCUCGAUACGUGCCGUAUCGAGCCAGUACAAAUCAAAAUUGUGAAUCUUGAUCAAAAGUAUGUUUCUUAUUCUCCCGAUUGAACAUGAUGUAGUGAAUAGUCCUAUGGUUUCUCUAAGUGUGCAUUUCUAGAGGUCCAGAAUUUAGGAGUAUAUUAUUGCUUUGGGUCAUUGAAUGAUGAAAUUUAGAAAUAUAUCUUUCUAAGGUUUUUUUUGGCAUGAACUCCAUCCUCUAAUGUUACAUAGAAAAUAUUUCAUUGAUGUCACUUACCUAGUCUUACAUGACAUGUCAUAUUUAGUAACUUAUACAUCCUGUUGUAUUUGUCUCCUUCAAAAUUCAUAAAGUGUUGCCAACAACAAAACAACAGGUGAAGAUUAGAAAUGUUAUAUGAUUGGUUAUAUUUAUUAGGUUCAUAUAAUGUUGAAUUUUUCAAUGUUUGUGACUUAAAUUCAAACACUCACAAUCGUGGUUGCUUGCUAUCUGGCUGAAUAAGUUUAGGUGUUGUUGGGUUCAUUGGUUAUGUUAAUGUUGUUUUAAGCUCGAGAUCUUGGUUAGACGGAUUUAAAAAAAUCAAAGAGAAUAUGAAGAAGUCAGAAAUUCAGAAGAAAAAUAUAUUUUUCAUAUAUUUUUAUGGUUUUAAAUAGAAUAUUAAAUGCAAAGCUACCUUUCUUAUGAUCCUAGAGUUCUUUCGUGGUGAUUGUUAUUUAUCAUUUUUUACAAGAAUUAGUGACCAAAUGACAUUCCCAUAACAUGGGUCUUUCCCUCUGUUUUUUAAAAUUGUCAUGGAAUAGUACAGUCAAAAUUUAAUAAUCUAUAAACUCCUCGACCUCCAGUCUUUGCUUAUUAAGGUGUCUUUGUUUUGAUGAAAUUAGUGAGCAAUUUAUUAAUGGUUUUGGACCGUUCAUUUCUCAGGUAACUAGAAUUGCAUUAUGUAGAUACGGAAUGAUUGGAUAGUGUCACUUGGUAGAACCAAUUUUCUUGGCUUAUGCUAUCUAGUUUCAAUAUUCACUACUCUUUUUAGAGUGCUUGUGAUCAGGAUUUCAGUUAUGCUCACUGAUCCAGAGUUUUGUUUAGGCUUGCUUAUCAAAAUCAAAGGAUUUAUAUUGGCUCUGUAAAGGGUGCUGAAGUCAAGUACCUAAUCCGAGCCCUUCAUGUUGAAAUUAUGAUUUCAUUAGCAACAAGUUCGUAUGCAUUUAUGAUGUAAUUAUUAUAUAGUCAUUAAAACUUUCUAAUGUGGUAUUUUAUAUUGCUUGCUUUGUUUUAACUAAAAUGAUUACUCACAACAUUCAAACUAAAAUGACACUACCGACGGUUGAGGAAGGGAGAAGGAAGCAGGAAGAAAACUGGAGGUAGAAGGAGGCCUUCGAGAAAAAGGAAGAAAAGAAGAGGAGAAUAUGCAGGGUUUGUGGGCAGCAGCUACACAAUAGCCUAGAGAGGGUGAACACUCGGCAGUAGUUAUACAUAAAGCCCACCAUCGCCCUAUGGUUGGUCGCCUCCCUCUACCUGCAAACCUUGCGUGAGAGCCCACCAUUGCCGCUUGCAGCCCUCGCGCAAGGGCCUGCUGCUGCCGCCUACAACUGUGGUCGCCCCACUUGGCCCACAGCCCUCACGGGAGGGCUUGCCGCUAUCGCUUGUAGCCCUCGAGCGAGGUUUGUUGCCGCACCUUGGUCGUUAGUUGCAAAGGGACUGCACAGCCUCCUCGCACCCCUUCCUCGUCAGCAUGGUCUCUUGGGCAUCCUUGCCAUUGGCUGCAGCCUCUAUUGUUGGCCGCAGAGGUUGCACCUUCAUCGCGGGUCCUGCGAGGGGGGGCGGUUGGUGCGGUGGAGGGGUCAAUUGGUACAGCAAAGGCAUGACUAAGGGCUAAGUGGAGGGUGGUGGCUGAUGAGAGUGGAAUGUUCAUUUUGACAAAAAGAGGUACUCUCUAGGAAAAUUUCAUACUUUGGGUGUUAUCUAGAAAAUUCUCAAACUUAGGAGUUUUUUCUGAAAAUUUACCCCAUAUAUGUGUGUGAGAACCAGUUUUGCAUUCUAUAUUUGAUGAGACUAAUUACAUUAUUCUCCUGGUUUGAUUUAAUUCUAUGAUUCAUUUUGGAUGUCGUAGUUGUUUGUGAGCUAAAACUUUAUGGGUAUAGUGCACCUUUGUUUUUUUUUUGCUUCUGCUGCAAUAACCUAUAAUUCUUCAACUGAACCAUGAGAGAUACACCGAGAAUGCAGGUCCAUCUGCUGAAGGGAUUUGGACUGCCAUGUACCAGGAUUAUUACCGGGAUUAUUUUCCACAAAUCUUGUUAUAUGUUUUUUCUUUUGUUUCUUAUUUCUUGUCCAGACAUUUUGUUCAGUUAUUUUUGCAUUAAAUGCUGAAAUAAUUGGAGAUGAUAUGUUUGAUAUUAGUUACUGGUAAUUCUUUUGUGUUAUUGUUUUCCACAUGCUCAACAUUGCUAGUUGCUUAGAUUAGGUGAUUCAACAAUGAGUUUACGUAGAAGCUUACAUUAAUUAAAUUUUUCUUUGGACAUACCAUGUGAAUUUAUACAGUUUCUCAAUUUAAGACUUGAUUUAGUGAUUUUGUAUAACAAUCUAUGUUUUCGUUGUGUAACAUUGUUGGUCAAGAUGCUGUUUGUAAAUUCUAGGUGAUAAAUUUUAUUUUGCAUUUGCUUUCUUAUCUCUAGCUCUCAUAAUCUUAAUUCCUUCUGAAGAACCGUGUUACGAGAAGACUGGUAUAAGAUUGAUCUCUGGGAUUUCAGUCCGCAUUGCUUCUGCAUAUCUCCUUGAAGCAUAUACAGAUUUGGUAUCUUCCGACACACUCUAUUUGGGAUUCCAGUCCACAUUAGCUACUGGAAAAUGACUUUUAAAUUUUUUUCAGUCAUUAAUCCCUAAUAUUCUUCUAAAUGAGAUAAGUGGCAGGGGGAAUGUUUUGAUUUGUUUUGUGAGCGAGCAUAAUUUAUCCUAAUUCUAGAGUGAUAUUCCCAUCAAAUACUUCCAUCUGCACGAAGAUAAUUCUUAUUUGAUGAUGUUUGCAUGUUUCUAUCCUUUAGCUUUUGUAUCAAGUUAUGGUCAUACAAUUCCAGGUUACAGCAAGAAAUCCAUGCCCGGUGCUUUUCAGACAUGUAUUAUGGUUCAUCAUCAUAAGUCUGAAUGUACUGGAUCAAUCAGCAGAGUUAAUGGACAACCAUUAGAGGUUUCACGGAAACAAGGACUUCAUUGGGGAAGUUCUUUCUUUCCUUUCUCGGCCUUACCCUCGUCCCUCGGUCAAAUGCAAUCAGAUUAUGCAAGGUAGAAAUGGCUGCCACGGUAAGAGGCUUUGGUUACUACAAAAUUUUGGGAAUUCAAAUGUAUGCAGCUGUCUCUCCCUGUGCAGUAAGAUUUUUUUCCUAUUAUUGAAGUCCUUGGUGCUUAUUUGCUACCUCCACCUUUCUGCACAACAAAAAUGGUCUACAGAUUGGAGGAACGCCAUUGUGGACCUUCUAUAUUGGUUUGGUAUGAAGCCCCCAUUCAGCACAUAGGCUGGUCUUUCCAUGCUAGUUGGUAGAUAUCAUGUGUCAAGGUUGGCAACCUUCUUUCCAAAAUCUUUGCAUCAAAAUGCAAGUGCAGCCAAAAGAAAGAGUAGGGAUGUCUCCUCUAAUGCUGUGUUACCUUUGCUUGGAAUUGGUGUUCCAAAAUCAUUGCCAAUAGGUUUUGUGUCCUUUUCUUAUAUUUGUGGCAUUUCUCUACUAUAUUAUCAGUUUUGUGUAUUUUUUGCAUGAGAUAAAGAUACUUAUGUAGGUCAUUAGAAUCCAAAAACAAAGCAAAAAAAUCCUGGAUCCUUUUCUUAUAUACAUGUGUUCUGUUGCAUCUUUUUGGUGUGUCCUUGCAUGUGAUAACAUAUGGUUCUAUAGUUUAUUAUACUCUAAAACAAUUAAGUGCUACUUAUGAUUAUGGAUAUAUAUGAUUAUAUUUUAGGAUUAUUUAGAUACUGCAGAAUUCAGAUCAUAUCUACAACCUCCUAAAGUACAAAUGGAAGUUAUCUUAACGAAUUACAUUUUCAUAUUCUGGAAUGUACAUUUCUGCAUGCAUAGACCUUAAGAUAUCGACUUAAUCCAGUUUGGUACAGUAUAAUAUUUUUUCAUGAUUGUAUUAUGCUUCAAUCUGUUGAUCACAAUAACUUAAAUAACAUUCUUUUGAUCGAUGUACUUCAGGAUGCAGAGAUUGUUUGGAACAUGCCAAAUACAACACUAGCAAUGAUGUGGAGUAUCUGAAAACAUAAAAAUAUUUGUGAGGCAGUUGCUCUACAAUCCUAGACUUCUAUCUGCAUAUCCCGCAGCUUUCGUUGAAGCAAAGCUCUGUCAAGUUGAACAACAGCGUGAGCUGAAUUAGCAGAUUCAAAAACAGCCCUGAAACUUUAUGUUCACAUUGUGAACUUGAUUGUUUUUUUAAUUGUGUGGAUGUGCCUGUUAAAUUUAUGAAAUUUGUUUCCAUGUUGUAGUGUA